CGAAAAUAUCCCGGCCCCUUAUCCAUCACCACACCACGCCCAAAACCCCACACGCGCUCCGAGUCUCACCCCAUCCAUGGCGCCACCGCGCUAAACCCCCACACGCCCCAACCACCUCUCCCCGCCUCAAUGGCGCUCUCCGAGCUCCCGCUCCACCACUCCUUCCGCCUCUCCUCCCGCCCCCACCUCCGCCUCCUCCCGCUCCGCGUCCUCUCCUCUUCCCGCCCCGCGUCCUCCUCCCCCGCCGCCGCUGCCUCAGCCUCCCCGUCCUCCUCCAGCGGCAACCGCGCCGCCCCACCCGCUCCCAGAAGUGGCUCUCCGUGGCUGAAGAAGUGGGCCCCGUCCGACCCCGCCCCGGCCCCCUCGACCUCCAUCGACCGCAUCGUCCACCGCCUCCGCAACCUCGGCCUCGGCACCGACGACGAGGAGCCCUCCACCGCCAUGGCCACCCCUCCCCCCGACGGAAACGAGCGCCUUGGCGACCUGCUCGACCGAAGCUGGGCGCGGCCCGACCGCCAAUUCGCCGCCUCCAGCUUCGACGUUGACGAGGCCGUCCUCCCGUGGGAGAGGGACGAGGAGACCGCUGGGGGGAGGAGGGAUGAGGAGGAUGGGGUCAAGAGGAGGCGGGUGAAGGCGCCCACGCUGGCCGAGCUCACGAUCGAUGACGAGGAGCUGCGGCGGCUGCGGAGGCUUGCGAUGACUCUUCGGGACCGCAUCACCGUGCCCAAGGCGGGGGUCACUCAGGCCGUCACGGAUAAGAUCCAUGACGCGUGGAGGAAGUCGGAGCUGGUCCGGCUCAAGUUCCACGAGGACCUCGCGCACGACAUGAAGACCGCCCAUGAGCUCGUUGAGCGGCGCACAGGAGGAUUGAUCAUAUGGAGGUCUGGAAGUGUAAUGGUGGUUUACCGAGGGAGCAAUUACAAAAGGCCUCUGAAAUCUCAAACCCUGAAUGGUGCCUCAUCACCAGUGAAGGGGGAAGAUGGUGCAUUGUUCAUCCCAGAUGCCUCCAGCCCUUCUGAGAAUGAUAAUCAGGGCAAGGAUUUGGCUGUGCAGCAUGCAAAUGUGUUCCAAUUGAACACACAGAAUGCCGAUGACAUGACAGAGGAAGAGCUGGAGUUCAAUCAAAUGCUUGAUGAGUUGGGCCCUCGUUUUGUCGAUUGGUGGGGAACGGGUAUUUUGCCAGUGGAUGCUGACUUGCUGCCUCAAACAAUCCCUGGUUAUAAAACACCAUAUAGACUUCUUCCAACUGGAAUGCGUUCGACGCUUACCAAUGCAGAGCUGACUAAUUUGCGAAAGUUAGCAAGAAACCUUCCAUGCCAUUUUGCUCUAGGGAGAAACCGGAAUCAUCAAGGCUUGGCAGCCGCAAUUGUUAAGCUCUGGGAGAAGAGUUUGGUGGUGAAAAUAGCUGUUAAACGUGGAAUACAGAACACAAAUAAUAAGCUAAUGGCAGAAGAAAUAAAGAAUCUAACAGGGGGUACCCUGCUUCUUCGAAAUAAAUUUUACAUUGUAAUAUAUCGUGGAAAAGACUUCCUUCCAACAUCUGUUGCAGCUGUGUUGGCUGAAAGAGAGGAGUUGACAAAAGAUAUCCAGAACAUGGAGGAGCAGAGAAGAAGUAUUUUGGUUGCACAACCACCGGAUGAUGAUUUAGAUGGGCAUGCUCUUGUGGGUACUCUUGCUGAAUUUCAGGAGGCCCAAGCUCGUUGGGGAAGAGAAGUGACUGCUAAGGAGCAAGAGGAAAUGAAAGAAGCAUCUUCGAGAUCAGAAAAAGAAAAGCUUUUCAGGAAACUCGAACACAAGCUUUCCAUCGCUCAGGCAAAAAUACGUAGAGCAGAACGCUUAUUAUCGAAGAUUGAAGCUUCUAUGGUCCUCGCCGAUCCAUGUGAUGAUCGAGAAAUGAUUACAGAUGAGGAAAAGUCUGUUUUCCGUAGGAUUGGUUUACGGCUUAAGUCAUACUUGCCUCUUGGAAUUCGUGGUGUCUUUGAUGGUGUCAUUGAAAAUAUGCACUUGCAUUGGAAGCACAGGGAAGUUGUCAAAUUGAUUUCCAAGCAGAAGACCUUAUCCUUUGUUGAGGAGACAGCACGGCUUCUAGAGUAUGAGAGUGGUGGUAUGCUUGUUGCGAUAGAAAGAGUUCCAAAGGGCUAUGCGCUCAUUUUUUACCGUGGAAAGAACUACAGGAGGCCUAUUAACAUAAGGCCUAGAAACCUCUUAACAAAGGCUAAGGCAUUGAAACGUGCAGUUGCAAUGCAACGCCAUGAGGCCCUCAGUCAGCACAUAGCUCAACUGGAAAGCAAUAUAAAGCAGAUGAAGUUGGAUUUGGGUAUCGAGGGCUAUGAGGAACAAGAGGAGGAUAGCUCAGAUUCAGAAAAUGAAGAUGUCACAGUGGGUACUUCUGCAAGCUAUGAUGAGGACCAAGACGAUUUUGAUGAGUCAAGUGAUGAAGAUGAAUAUGAUGAUGAAGAUGAAGAUGAAGAUGAGGAGAUUGACAGCUAGAAAUAUAGAAUUGUGUUUUUGUGAUGUGAAAUUCCUCUGGAGUGCUGCCCUUAGGACAUUCAUGGAGCCAGGUUCGGAGAUGGACCUUGAUGACUGUUUAUUCGGAGACGCACUCCCUUUGCCUCAUUCUUGGCAAAAUGGUUCCUAUUGGGAUCUGCCUUAGAAGUUUUAGAGCUGGGUUGGGUAUAAACGAUGAUCUGAUCUCGGGUCUUCCUUUUUUAACCAUUUCUGUUUGUGUACCUAUUUUGUAAUUAUCAUUUAAGAUGAAUCGAUGUAGGAGGCUCUUUUUAAACUUCUCUCCAGAAAUAUACCAGGACACGAGCAUUGUGUAACUUAUUCCCGAUGAAACAAACAGAACAAACUUUAUCAACAAGUUGCUGACAGAUGUUCCAUUGUUCGUUA